AAAACAAAAAAGGAAGGAAGAAAGAAAGCGAUUAAUAGCAAUAUCUAAAGUUUGGGUGGAAAAAAAUUGCUGCUCCCUCUAUCCAUCGUAUAUGACACUUUGACACCUAUGACAAGGCAAACAAUUUUUUUUUUUUUUAAACAAACAUUGUGAUCACGUUUCGGGUUUAACUUUUCGUUUUUGAAACCCAAGUGAAAACUGUAUGAGGCUUUUAUCAGGGUUUAAGGUUGUUGUCCUGUAAUAGUACUUCUCUUCGAGUAAUUACUAGUAUGAGCUUUCUGACAAUCUCGAGCAGCUCCUCAAUUCUUCAAUCUUUUCCACCCAAAUUCUGCAUCUCCAAAUGGAGAAAGAGGACCCCUUCAGCAUUCACAGCACGCAAUUCCAAGAUUUACAGUCCCUUCUCCAUCCCAUCAAGAUUCCAAAUUUCAGCUCAUUUCGGCCGACGUACCAAACGUCAAAACUAUUUGAGGAAAAAGCUCACUCAACACCACCAACAACAACAGGUAAUUGAAACCCCCAUUAUUCACAUCCCAAAUUCUGAAAAUAAUGAUGAAAACAGCAUGUCUAACUCCAUUUUUCAAAAUCCAAGUAGUGAAAGUUUUCAAUUUGGCUCUGAAAGCGGUGAUGAAAAAAGCAAGAAUCUUGUUUCUGAUAGUGGGGUGGAGUUAAAAACAAAGGCUUUAGGGGAGUCUGUUUUAUGGAAUAAAUUGGAGAGCUGGGUUGAGCAGUAUAAGAAGGAUACAGAGUAUUGGGGUAUUGGUACUGGUCCUAUUUUCACUGUUUUUCAAGAUUCUGAGGGUAAGGUCAAAAGGGUGGUUGUAAAUGAGGAUGAAAUUUUGAAAAGAAGCAGAAUUGAUCCAACAUUGUAUCGGAACGCUAAGAUUGAGGAGCAUGAGGAUGUUAAAGCAAAAAUUUCAUUCGCCGAGGUCUUAGCUAGGGAAAUGGAAACUGGUAAAAGUUUGCUUCCUAAGAAUAGUUCAGUCGCUAAAUUUGUCGUUUCAGGAGAAGAGAAGUCCAACGCUGUGAGUGGACUCAGCACUUUUACUCUUAAUCCUGGUCUAUCUAAAAAGUUGCCUAGAGUUGGAUUCGUGGUAUUUUGUGGUUUCAUUUUGAUUUGGGCGGUAAAGAAAAUGUUUAUUACUGGUAAUAGUGGAGAAGAAGAGUACUCAAGGUUGGAGAAGGAAAUGCUGAGGAGGAAGAUGAUAGCAAGAAAGGAGAGGGAGAAAACUGUGAAAGGUGAGGUGGAAGUUAUCCAAGAGCCAGAUAACAUGUCUCUGGAAAAACCUCGGCUUGAUAAGCUACAACUUAGGAGCAGCAUAGAGAAAGCAAUGGGAUUCGACGCUAGUUUAGCAUUGCCAGAGCAGUUUCAGAAUGAGCAGUUUGAGGAUGCCGAAUUCUCUGAUAAGAUUCAAGAAAUCAGAAAGAUGGCGAGGCAUGCACGAGAACAGGAAAAAGGAAAUUCUCUUCAAGCUGACAAUGGAGGAGAUUAUCCAGCCUCAAUCGAACACUCUAAUGAAAAGGAAGUUGUUGAACCGAAAUUGUUUGAGGAUAUUAAUGGAGUCCUUACCGGUUCAUCUUCACUGUUUAGUCAUGAAGUGCAGACCUCUAGCAGAAAUUUAGAACCUCCAGAUGAUAUAAAAAGCUCUAUGGAAAAUGUACAUCAGUCAAAACAUGAUGUAAGCUCAACUGAUGGAACUGAAAAAUCUGUUAUAAUGUCUGGCCAAUCAAGCAAGCCUAGUGAAAUUUCUGUGGCAUCAAAAUCAAAAAUCAUUCUGUCAGUUAAGGAAGCUAGGGAGUACCUCUCGAAACUGAAAGCGAAACAAGAAAGUAUUGCUGAAAGUGAUCCAGAGGGUGAGAAGGUAUUAAUACCACUAAUAGAAAAGGAGAGUAUUGGUGAUGUGAACCAGCUGUCUGCUAAUGCAGGAAAAGAAUUUGACCCAUUGCCUUUAUGGGGAAUAUCUGAUUUUUCUUCUGAAGAUUCUAGUUUCAAACGAAAAGAUUUUCUUCCAACCAGCAAUGGUGCUGUAUCUGUACAGAACAAAGAGAAAAGUUAUCCAAGUCAAAGUUCUUAUGAUGAUGAGAACAACAGAUAUGAAGAGCUUAAACCACUUGAUUUCCCAUCACCUGAACAAGAAGGAACAGUUGGUGAUGUGAGCUCACAACCGACUGAUGAGAUCAAAAUCUUUCCAUCCAAUGACAUUCCUGAACUUGUUGAUAAAGUAGUAGUACAUACUGAAUUACCUGAAACUCAGUCUGCUCAAGACGGUAAUGGCAGAACUGCAGAACUGGAAUUAUCACCAAAUAAUGGAAGCUGGUUGGAAAAGAAUUUCCAUGAAUUUGAACCGGUCAUUAAGAAAAUUCAGACGGGGUUCAGGGAUAAUUACCUGGUGGCAAAGGAGAAAUCGGAUGAGGAGCCGAAUCUAAAACCUCAGAUGUUUCAUCUUGAGAGUAAUGAGAAUGUCAGCGAGCUCGAGUGGAUGAAAGAUGAGAGACUUAAAGAAAUUGUUUUUAAAGUUAGAGAAAAUGAGCUUGCUGGUAGAGAUCCAUUUUCUCAAAUGGAUGAUGAAGAUAAACUUGUCUUUUUCAGUGGCCUUGAGAAGAAAGUUGAUCAAGAGAAUAAACAACUAAUGGAUUUGCACAAGUGGCUCCACUCAAACAUUGAAAACCUUGAUUAUGGAGCAGAUGGCAUCAGUUUGUACGACCAACCGGAGAAAGUUAUACCUCGCUGGAAAGGUCCACCAAUGGAAAGAAGUUCUGAGUUCCUAGAAUACUUUGCAGAAGAGAGAAAGGUAGUUGCUGAAAGCAUAAAAAACUCAAAUCUCAUAAAGAAAGAAAGACAAGACUUGCCUCAAGGAUUGCAAGAAUCCCCAUCAAGCAAUAAAAUUGAUUCGACUUCAGCACCCAGGACCAUCAUUGAAAGUAGUGAUGGUUCCACCAUAGCUGGCAAGAAAUCCGGUAAAGAGUACUGGCAGCAUACAAAGAAAUGGUCCCAGGGGUUCUUGGAAUCAUACAAUGCAGAGACCGACCCGGAAAUUAAAGCUGUAAUGAAGGAUGUAGGGAAGGACUUGGACAGAUGGAUUACGGAAAGAGAAAUAAAGGAAGCUGCCGAUCUGAUGGACAACUUACCUGAGAAGGGAAAGAAGCUUAUCAAAGAGAAACUUGAGAGGGUCAAAAGAGAAAUGGAACUGUUUGGACCCCAGGCAGUAGUGAGCAAAUAUCGUGAAUAUGCAGAUGAAAAGGAAGAG